AAUGGCUGUAAACUAAUUUUGUGUCUCUCUGUCUCUCUUUUUGCAGCUGAGCCAGCCGAUCUUCUAAAGAUUUUAGAUUUUCACAGUUUGCCGGAGGGUGUAACGAAAACUACAGGCUUCUGCACACACCGGAAGUCGUCAAAAGGUCCUGAUGUCGCCUACAGGGUCACAAAAGAUGCACAGCUUAGCGCUCCUACUAAACAACUCUACCCCUCAUCCGUGUUUCCUGAGGACUUCUCCAUCUUGGCGACGGUGAGGCCGAACAAAGGCAGUCAGUCCUUCUUGCUGUCGGUGUAUAACGAACAGGGCAUCCAGCAGCUCGGUCUGGAAGUGGGGCGCUCUCCUGUCUUCCUGUAUGAGGAUCACUUGGGCAAACCCGGCCCGGAGGACUACCCGCUCUUCAGAGGCGUCAACUUGGCAGACGGAAAGUGGCACCGUGUGGCGAUCAGUGUUCACAAACAGAGCAUCACUCUGGUUUUGGACUGUAAGAAAAAGGUGACACGGACGUUAUCCAGAAGCCCUCACCCCAUCAUCGACACUAAAGGCAUCGUGGUCUUCGGGACGCGCAUCCUGGAUGAGGAGGUGUUUGAGGGUGACAUCCAGCAGUUGAUGAUUGUAUCGGACUAUCGCGCUGCGUUUGAUUACUGUGAGCACUACAGCCCCGACUGUGAGGUUCCUGCACCUGAACAGCACCAGAACCAAGACCCAAACACUGAUAAAGAUAACACAGAGGAUGACUACUAUUAUGAAUAUCCCUACUAUGAGGACAUGGACAACGAAAAGAGGGAAGAAACGACAACCGAUGAAACGACUGGAACCGAAACUGAAGACCUAACGGUGUCUGUUCCGGAUAGCGGUCGUGUGGUUACAUCGGUUAUCAGUGGUGGAACAGGCGGCUCCAGCAGUUCCUCGAGUAGCUCCUCGUCCUCCUCUUCUUCAUCCUCUUCAUCCUCCAGCUCUACCACGACUACUGGCGAGGAACCGUACGACGGCUACGAUGGAUAUGAGACUGGAUAUGACACAUAUUAUGACGAGUCGACCUCGGCGCCUGACGGCUCCCGGACCAUCAGCAUCACUAGCACAGGCACAGGUACCGGCGGAGAAGUGGAGAUCGGACUGGCCGGUGAGGUGGAUUUGGGACUGGGAGGAGACCUGGACAGGCGGAUCAUUACAUCAUCAUCAUCAUCAUCAUCGUCGUCGUCGUCAUCAUCAUCAGGAGGAGGAGGAGGAAGUGGAAGAGUGCACUCAACUGUCACAGUCAUUCACAAUGGAACGUCUGGCUCUGUUUCCAGCUCCGGCUCUGGCACCGGCUCUAGCACCAGAGUCAUUACUAGCUCCAGCUCCGGCUCCAGCUCCAGCUCCAGCUCCAGCUCCAGCUCUGGAGUCAGCACCGGCUCCAGCUCCAGCUCUAGUUAUCCCACGGUGGAUGGUGGUUAUGAUGAUACCCACUACGGCGAGGGUCUUGAUCUGACCUAUGGAGAGGGAUAUGAAGAAGGAUACGGAGAGGGAGAUUAUAACGUGGAAGGAGGCGCUAGCAGCAGCAGAACUUCAGUGUCCGUCGGGGGCGGGUCUGUUUCUGUUGGAGGCGGGUCUGUUUCUGUUGGAGGCGGGUCUGCUUCUUCAAGUGGCUCAGUUGGGGGCGGAUCCAGCAGUGCUGGGGCCAGUGUGGGGGCGGGGUCUGUUGCCUCCGGUGGGCAUGGAGGAAUCGGUGGAGAGGCAGAUUCCGUCGAUAUCGACAGGUUCAAGGAGGAAUCCAUCACGGAUUACACUGACGCAGAACUGGAGAAGAUGUAUGACUAUGAUGACCUGUACACCGACGGUGACAAAGCACUGCCCGCAGAGACCGACGAGGGCUACGGACAGGUGGAUGGACUGAGGGGAGAGAAAGGCCAGAAAGGAGAGCCUGCCAUCAUUGAACCCGGAAUGCUGGUCGAAGGCCCACCUGGUCCAGAGGGUCCCACAGGCCUCCCCGGUCCUCCAGGUUCAACGGGACCCCCAGGUGGUGCUGGAGACCCCGGUGAGAGGGGUCUUCCUGGUCGCCCUGGUCUGCCUGGAGCUGACGGUCUUCCAGGACCUCCAGGGACUGUCCUGAUGUUGCCUUUCCGCAUGAGUACAGGAGGCGACAGCGGACAUAAAGGUCCUGCAGUUUCUGCCCAAGAGGCUCAGAUGCAAGCCAUCAUGCAGCAGGCCAGGCUGGCGAUGAGGGGUCCAACCGGACCCAUGGGUUUGACGGGUCGUCCCGGUCCUCUGGGUCCUCCUGGUGUUCCUGGACUGAAAGGAGAGUCUGGGGAAUCAGGACCUCAGGGUCCUCGUGGUCCACUGGGAUCCCAUGGCCCUCCUGGAAAGCCUGGUAGAAGGGGUCGACCCGGCUCAGAUGGAGCCCGAGGGAUGCCUGGACAGACGGGACCUAAGGGUGACCGAGGAUUCGAUGGACUCGCUGGUUUGCCUGGAGAAAAGGGUCACAGGGGUGAGACGGGUCCUCAGGGGCCACCUGGGCCUCCAGGAGAGGACGGAGAAAGAGGCGAUGAUGGUGAGGUCGGACCCAGAGGUCUGCCGGGAGAACCGGGUCCUCGUGGUUUGUUGGGCCCCAAAGGUCCCCAGGGGCCCCCAGGCUCUCCUGGUGUGACUGGUAUGGACGGACAUCCUGGACCUAAAGGAAACAUUGGUCCUCAAGGUGAGCCAGGACCUCCAGGACAACAAGGCAACCCCGGAGCUCAGGGACUUCCUGGUCCUCAGGGAGCGAUCGGACCUCCAGGAGAGAAGGGUCCCACUGGAAAACCAGGCUUACCGGGAAUGCCAGGAGCUGAUGGACCUCCGGGCCACCCGGGAAAAGAAGGACCAUCCGGAGAGAAAGGAAAUCUGGGACCUCCUGGUCCUCAGGGGCCGAUCGGAUAUCCUGGGCCUCGAGGUGUAAAGGGUGCUGAUGGAGUCCGCGGGCUGAAAGGAGGCAAGGGUGAAAAGGGAGAAGACGGAUUUCCGGGAUUUAAGGGAGAUAUGGGCGUCAAAGGCGACAGGGGAGAACUUGGUGCCGCCGGACCCAGAGGUGAAGACGGGCCUGAGGGACCCAAAGGAAGAUCGGGUUUACCUGGAGAUGCUGGACCGCUCGGGCCGACCGGAGAGAAGGGAAAGCUCGGUGUGCCCGGGUUGCCAGGUUACCCAGGAAGACAAGGCCCCAAGGGUUCUCAAGGAUUCCAGGGAUUCCAAGGAGCCAGCGGAGAGAAAGGCACGAGGGGGACAGCAGGAAAGCCGGGACCCCGAGGACAGAGAGGACCCACGGGACCCCGUGGUGAAAGAGGACCGAGGGGACCAACCGGUAAAGCGGGACCAAAGGGCAACUCAGGAAGCGACGGCCCCCCAGGACCACCCGGUGAACGGGGUCCGUUAGGAGCAGCGGGACCGACUGGAUUCCCUGGCCCUAAGGGUCCACCGGGUCCUGCCGGAAAGGACGGGCUGCCCGGACACCCUGGCCAGAGAGGAGAGACUGGUUUCCAAGGUAAAACUGGACCUCCCGGACCCCCAGGUGUAGUCGGACCUCAGGGACCAACAGGUGAAACAGGACCAAUGGGAGAGCGAGGCCACCCUGGACCCCCAGGACCACCUGGUGAACAGGGUCUACCUGGACAAGCAGGAAAAGAGGGAGCAAAGGGAGAUCCCGGUCCUGCAGGACCCACCGGUAAAGACGGACCUCCAGGACUGCGAGGGUUUCCAGGAGAGAGAGGUUUACCAGGCCCUGUGGGGUCUGCAGGUUUGAAAGGGAGUGAAGGACCUCCAGGGCCACCUGGACCUGCUGGUUCUCCUGGUGAACGUGGUGCUGCUGGCCCUGCUGGUCCUACCGGCCUCCCGGGCCGACCCGGACCUCAAGGACCCCCGGGACCCUCUGGAGAGAAAGGUGGACCUGGUGAGAAAGGACCUCAAGGACCAGCUGGUAGAGACGGUAUUCAGGGACCGGUGGGACUUCCAGGCCCAGCCGGACCCAUCGGACCCCCGGGAGAGGACGGUGAUAAGGGCGAGCUUGGAGAGCCGGGCCAGAAGGGAAGCAAGGGUGACAAGGGCGAGCAGGGUCCUCCAGGGCCCGUCGGUAGCCAGGGUCCUGCAGGUCAGCCGGGUCCACCUGGUGCUGACGGAGAGCCAGGUCCCAGAGGUCAGCAGGGUCUGUUUGGGCAGAAGGGAGAUGAGGGUUCACGAGGCUUCCCAGGACCACCAGGACCUGUCGGCCUUCAGGGCUUGCCUGGACCCCCGGGUGAGAAGGGAGAGACUGGUGACGUCGGUCAGAUGGGUCCCCCCGGUCCUCCUGGCCCCAGAGGCCCCUCCGGACCCCCAGGAGCCGAUGGACCACAGGGACCCCCGGGAGGAAUCGGCAACCCAGGAGCCGUGGGAGAGAAGGGAGACGCUGGUGAAACAGGAGAACCAGGCCCACAGGGAGACGUCGGCCCUCCAGGUCCAAGAGGAGAGCGAGGAGAGAAGGGAGAAUCUGGACCCGCUGGUUCUGCUGGGCCCCCCGGACCUAAAGGACCACCAGGAGAUGAUGGUCCUAAAGGAAGCCCUGGUCCAAGUGGUUUCCCUGGAGAUCCUGGUCCUCCUGGAGAGCCUGGUCCAUCUGGUUUGGAUGGUGCUCCUGGAGAUAAGGGUGAUGAUGGAGAGCCUGGUCAGCCGGGAUCCCCUGGACCUACUGGUGAAACUGGCCCCACUGGACCCCCAGGAAAGAGAGGGCCUCAUGGACCUGCAGGACCUGAAGGAAGACAGGGAGAGAAGGGUGCCAAGGGUGAAUCUGGUCUCCUGGGUCCACCUGGUAAGACCGGUCCAGUUGGUCCUCAGGGAAGCCCUGGAAAGCCCGGCUCUGAGGGUCUGAGAGGUGUGCCUGGACCAGUGGGAGAACAAGGACUGCCCGGUGCUCCGGGACCCGAUGGACCUCCGGGACCCAUGGGUCCUCCUGGAUUGCCUGGACUGAAGGGAGAAACUGGGAUUAAAGGUGAAAAGGGUCAUCCUGGUCUCAUUGGACUCAUCGGACCUCCAGGAGAACAAGGAGAGAAGGGAGACAGAGGGUUGCCAGGUCCACAGGGAACUGCAGGACUCAAAGGAGACACUGGUAUUUCAGGACCAGCUGGACCUAUUGGACCCAUUGGACCUCCUGGUCUCCCGGGUCCUCCUGGUCCUAAAGGUGCUAAAGGAUCAUCUGGUCAGACUGGACCGAAGGGAGAAAGUGGAGUGCCAGGACCCCCUGGACCUCCAGGUCCACCCGGAGAUGUCAUCCACCCUCUGCCCAUUCUGUCCAGCCCCAAACGGGCAAAGAGGAACAUCGACGCCAGCCAGAUGAUGGACGACGCUGGAGAUGCCAAUUACAAAGACUAUGAGGACGGCAUGGAGGAGAUAUUCGGCUCACUGAACUCGCUCAAACUAGAGAUUGAACAGAUGAAACACCCGCUGGGCACACAGAGUAACCCCGCGCGCACCUGCAAAGACCUGCAGCUGUGCCACCCAGACUUCCCAGAUGGUGAAUACUGGAUUGAUCCGAACCAGGGCUGCUCCAGAGGACUCUUUCAAAGUGUACUGUAACUUCACAGCAGGCGG